AUGCACAGACACGCUGCCUACCCAUAUGCCAACCCGGCUCCCACCACCACAAGAUACUCGGGCACCUCCUCAGCCUUCUCUGCUUCAGCAAACCCCAACGAAGACUGGACCAAGAUUUCAGAUCUUGCUGAGCGCAGGCGGAUACAGAACCGCAUUGCCCAACGCAACUACCGCAAGAAGCUCAAGAAGAGGCUCGAAGACUUGGAGCGUCGUGCUGCCUCGAGCUCAGCUUCACCUGAGCAGAAGCCUGCUGAGCUGCAGCCACCACAGCGAUCCCCGCGCCAGGAGUUUCCUUCUCCGUCAUCUUCGGAAUCCUCGUACACCACCCCACCUGCCGAGGAUCGCAUGUUCUCGCAUCAGUACACACGCCAGCUUUCCACUAGCCCACCACCUCCCUUCUCCGUAGCGUCGUAUUCGUCGGCAUACCCAGCACCAGAUGCAGUUGCAUACUCAAUGCCGUACUCCACCUCGCCCUACCACACAAUACCAACCACCCUCACACCGGAAAUGCCGAGCUACACUUACCUGCCACCGCCUCACUCGUCCUCGUACUCGACUGGCCUACCAAGCCUUGUGCCGAGCAUGAAGAACGAGUACUACGCCGACGAAGAUACGAGCCCCUUUGGCGUAGGCUACGCGGCUAUUUGCGGGAACGACAUCCUACCACCAAACCCUUACGCAGACUCUGUAAGGAUCCCUACCCGCCAGCCCUACUAUGCAUGA